GGGCAUCGGAGCAGAAGAGGAUUAGGCCUCCCUUUUUCUAGUGUUCAAGAGGGUGGACUCCAUGGACACUGGCUUAUGUUUUUGCAGUUCCGACGGUCAUCUUAAACUGAUCGAAUAUUACCACUUGUUAUCAAUAAUAUUCCUGACAAUACAGGAGCCCACCUGCAUCCAUUGGUUUUCUUUGUGAUUCGAUCAUCGCCGGGUUCACCUCCAGGUUUUGAUUGUUCGGGGUGUGACCAUCACCGAGUUUGAAAUUGCACAGUUGGACGAUUUAAUAAUUGUCCAUCAAUACUUUGGAUCUGAGGGCAGCUGUCUGAUGUGGCAUACAUCUAGUAGUGUAGUUCAGGUUGGAAUUCGAGGAAAUUGUCCGAAGGUAAAGGAACAAGAGGUAUCACCAUCAAUAAGGAAUCUGCAAACUGUUUCCCUAAUAACUUCAUGUAAAAUUUGAAUGCGAAAAUUCGGAUGUAAGGAAGGAAUCUGGAAAAGCAACGAGUUGAUCGAUUAAUCUCUGUUUUUUUUAAUUCGUUAACAAAAGACAAGAAGGACACAAGACGUGACUGUCCUUGUUAUUUAAUGCCGGAUCUGUGUUGGAGGAAUGCCAGUCAGUCACAAGCUGCAGCGUGUCAGGACGAAGGGUAUUAGAUCUCUUGAUCCGCCUUGUGACAUUACGAACUUUGUAUUUUUUCCUUAUAACUCUCAAGGAUGUUUUUCUUAGGAUAUUUCCUUGGAAUUUAAUGUGAGCUUAUUGACUCGAAUUACUCUGUGUUGACUGGAGUUCCAACUCAAGACUUUAAGUCAAUUCUUUUGGGACAAACCUCGACGGUAUUUACUUAACUGCUCGGGUGAUAUCCAGUUGUGAUAUGACAUUGUUAAGUAGACACAACAGUGCGUUCACAACACACCCAAGAUCUAAUCUAAACAGGUAGAUUAUCAGAGCUUAUACUCAACCGUUCAUAGGCCUACCUUGUUUUUAUGAGCAUAUUCAUACUAUAAGUUUCUGUUGUUGAGAUAUAACAGUGUUAUAUUGACUGGAAUAUUGACACAGUUCAAACAGUGCUAGGAAUGAAUACUUGAGGAAAGUCCGCAAUGCUUAUCGCUCAUUCUCUUGCGUUUUCUUGACCUGAAAGGUGGGCACCAAUGCCAGCUGAGGGACUCUUCGCGGAAUAUAACGUUCGGAGCUCAAUUCGGAGAAAAUUGGAUAGGAAUCCCGUCAGAGACAACGACGUCACACCCAACGCGUCAACGUCGAAUCGAAGUCCAUUAUCGCGAGGAUGUUUAGUAAUGUACUUUGCCAUUUGGACUAAAAUAUCGGAUUUAACUAUUUUAUGUUAGGAAAACUUGACAGAUUUACUUAUCAUAAGACAGAGGGAGCCUUACUGAUGUGAAACACGUGUUGGAGGAGGAGUUCAAUAUCCUUCGAAGAUAUAAAUGGCAACGAUGAAGUUGGAAGGGCCACGAAAGCCCCAGACGCUCACCAAAAUGAAAAGUGACUCGGAACUUCUCACAAACGACAACAUACUAGAUUUCAACCUUCACAGGAAGGUUUUAUUGGCCGACCAUAACCAUAACCUGCUACCAACGGAUACGGACUCUGAGGACAGUGGCGCAGAGAGGGUGGCAUUGCCCCCGCGGUACAAACUCCCGCCUGGACAGAGGAUGAAUGGAGACACCGGACACGAGGCGAGGGAGGCCGACCUUGAUGUGGCAAUACAGUGGCUUAGACAAGAAAUUUUACAAAUGAAAAAUCAAGAUCGUCUGCUGUUGCGGCAGUUUAUGUCUCUGAGCUCAACAAUAACCGAAAUCAAGGAAUCACAUUACGUGCCAAGGAAUAUGGACUUGGGAUCCAGUUGUCACUCAUUGGAUUACUGGGCAGAUUCAUCGAUGACGUCUGGCGGCUGGUCGCCAAUGAGCGAACGAGACAUACUCAUGGACUUCCAGUCAGAUUCUGUGCCCUGUUCACCGAUGGUGGACAGAGAUAUUUUAGCGGAAUUUCGCGGACAGUCGUCUUCCCCGAAUACUUCAGUACGCUCACCCAUAUGGAUAGAGUCGGGGAACAAAGAGGAGUUUGUGUGAAUUCAGUUUGAAAUAAUAAACGCUUUAAUCAAAAUUAGUCUUUUGCGAAUUUGGGUUGGGUAGAAUUUGAACAUAUUUUUGCACACGUUCAAAUGAUAGCAGGAUGUGCUGACGCGAAUAACCGGUGUCUUCCGAUUUCACUACUCUGAUGAACUGAUAAAUGCCUUCUUCUAAACCUCUCUUGUAAUGACACUGUUAAGAUGAUAUGUAUUCCUCCUGUCGCAUUGCUCUGAUAUUUGAGGGACAGACACUGUCUGCGCAAAGUGUCAGGAACGAAAGUGGCUCAUACUUCAUUUCGCGAAAAAUGGCACGCAAACCAAGCCUAAAAUGGCUGGAAAAAGUUGUGUGACUUCGCUUUAAAUGUCCCACUCGCCAUUGAUUCUGAAUAAUAUGUAAUGUUACUUUGGAGAGGUUUGCAAAACCAUUGAUUAUGUGACAAUUUAAUUGAUAGAUAGAGGUGCUUUUGUUUUGCAAUCUUUUUGUGACCUUAUUGUCUCUAAUGACCAAGAUGACGUUUUUGCCCAAACCAAUUACAAUGUACCAACGAAUUGUUAUAGUUUCUUCCUGGUUUUAUAUAAAAAAAUUGAUGAUGGGUCAAAGUAGAAGCAAAUAUUUUGUAUGGAAUGUUUUAAUUGACAACUAUUGAUAGUAGGCAUUUAUUGUUCUGAUCAUUUUCUAUGUAAAUAAAGCGAUUUAUCGGGUA